AUGAAUAAAUUGUUCAUAGUCUUCUUCUGUAUUGUUCAUCAUCUUGCGAACGUCUCAGCUCAACUCAAGGUUGGAUUUUACGGCUCCACCUGUCCAAGGGCGGAAUCGAUCGUCCGGGAGGUUGUCCGAACCGGGUUCGCCAAAGACCGGUCCACUACACCGGCAUUGCUUCGUAUGUAUUUUCACGACUGCUUUGUUAGGGGUUGUGAUGCAUCAAUAUUGAUAGAUCCGAAAUCAACUAAGACAAAACAAUCGGAGAAAAACGCAGGACCAAACCAGACAGUACGAGGAUACGAGCUGAUCGACCAAAUCAAGACUAAGCUAGAGGCGGCCUGCCCUUCCACGGUGUCUUGUGCUGACAUUAUAGCCCUCGCCACCCGCGACGCCGUGGCCAUGGCCGGCGGCCCCAGCUACACCAUUCCCACCGGGAGACGCGACGGCCUUGUCUCCGACCCGGCACAAGUCAACCUCCCCGCCCCUGAUCUCUCCGUCUCCCAAGCACUAACAUUCUUCACCGACAAAGGCUUCUCCCUAACCGAUAUGGUCACGCUAUUAGGAGCCCAUACCGUUGGAAUUACCCAUUGUGGGUUUGUCCAGAACCGGCUGUCGGCCACAGAUCGUACCAUGGAUGCCGGCUUAAAAGCCCAACUGAAACGGACAUGUUCGGUCCUUCCGAGGAAGGAUCCGGCAGUGUUCUUGGACCAAAAUACGUCGCUUAUAGUGGAUAACGAGUUUUAUAAGCAGAUAAGGAUGAGAAAAGGGGUUUUGAACAUUGAUCAAGCGCUUGCAUUGGAUGGGUCUAGCGCAAGGAUUGUGGCGCGUUUAGCAUCCGAUCAAAAUAUUUUUCGGAAGAGCUUUGCUGAUGCUUUGAUCAAGCUCGGGAACACUCAAGUUCUCAUGGGGAAAGUUGGAGAGAUAAGGAAAAAUUGCAGAGCCUUUAACCCACCACGACCACCACCUCCUCCUCCAAGACCCGUCACUCGACCACCUCCUCCUCCUCCGAGACCCGUCACUCGACCACCACCUCCUCCUCCAAGACCCGUCACUCGACCACUGCCUCCUCCUCCUAUAACCGUCACUCCACCACCACCACCUCCGCCUAAAGCCGUCACUCAACCACAACAGCAAAAGACCCCGCCGCCACCAAAGACAGACGAUGAUGAUAUGAAGCUUCUUUAA